AUGCCCAAACUUUUUGGUCUGUGGAACAAAGAUCAAACAAAGGAUGCAUUGUGUCGAUCAAAACUAAAAGGAGGGGCUGGAUUAAGCAAUGAUCAAACUAAACCUUUGUACGAUGAAGAUUUUGAUGGAAAAUCUCUCUCAAAAAUUGUCUUUGAGUUCGAGAAGGCUCAACAAAGUGGAAAUGAACAGACUCUCAAUGAUAUCACGGAAGAAGUAUUUAAAAAUGACAAGGAUGCUCGUGACAAGGUGAAGAAUUGGAUAAAAAACGAGUUGAUAGAAAAAAACAAGAUAGAAGUGCCGUUGUUCGACUCUGAGGAACAGACAAUCAUUCCCCUUACCUCUCUUGGUACAAAAAUAUUCACGGUUAUCGUGUUUUAA